AUGACCAAAGAAAACCUGCAUGCUGAAUCAAGGAGUGUGGGUCGAGCAACGUACCGUGAACCCUUCCUCCUCCGAGAAAAUGCCACCGGCAAACUCGCCGAUUUCACCACAAGUUUCGCAUUCAUCAUUGAUGGGAAAAACAGAACCUCCUACGGGGAGGGCCUCGCUUUUUUCUUAGCCCCAAACGGUUCCUUACUAAACCGAGCACUAGGAAAAGGUAGCAGUCUCGGCCUCCCUGUCAACAGCUCGCUGGAGAACGUUAUUGAGCCGAGCAAUGACUACCCUUUUGUGGCGGUGGAGUUUGAUACCUAUCGGAAUUCAUGGCCAACCGUGAAGGAUCCGGAUGGCGAUCAUAUAGCAAUGGAGUCUGGCUAUAGUAAUGCCACCAAUUCCUCAAAGAUCACUGAAUCUUCAGCAAUGGAGUCUGGCUAUGGUAAUGCCACCAAUUCCUCAGAGAUCACUGAAUCUUCAGCAACGAAUUCUCAUCAACAAUUUCGCUUGGGUAAGGAAUAA